UGACGAUGAAAGCCGAAGACAGACGAUAGGGGAAAGCGAACGUGCCAUAGAUAAUGGAUUAUAGUGUUGAGGAUUGACAUGGGCGAGUUUAUCGUACCCCAAAGAGAGGAGUUCGUGUCUGAAGCACCGACGAUAGAAGAUGAAGGUGAACGACGUAUAGGGUUGUAAACGAAUCGAAUAAUUUUGAUUUGAUUCGUGAUUCGAAUUCGAAAAUGCCGAUUCGAAUUCGAGUAAGUAGAAAACGAAUACGAAUACAAAUCUAUUUUUUGAUUCAAAUACUUUACGAAUAUGAAUACAAAUACUAUGAUAUUCGAUUCGAAUAAUAUUCGAAUAUAUUCGAAUUAUAUAUAUAUAUAUAUAUUUAUUUAUAUAUUCAUACAAUAUAUACCACUUCUUAUGAAUACAUAUAGUUCAAUGUAAAAAUAUUAAUAACAAAAUAUUCAUGUAAAUAUUUUGCAUAUUUUAAUUUAAAAAUUCUUACUUUACCAGGUCAAAAUAGCUUAAUUUACAAUUAAAAUUCUCCGUUGAUUUAUCUAUAUUGAUAUUAAAUUUGAAGUGACUUCUAUAAAUGAAUUUUGUUUCCUAUAAAAUAUGUAAUAUGAAAAUUAGUUAAAAGGGGCAAACUAACAUCAUAAUUUUAAUUAUUUUCACAAAUUAACUUUAAUGUUAUUUGAAUUCGAAUAUUCGAAUUCGAUUCGAAAAAGAUACGAAUAUAUCAAACGAAUCGAAUACGAAUACAAAAUAAGAUUCGAAUUUUAAACGAAUACGAAUACGAAUAUUCGAUAAUUAUACGAAUACGAAUAAUAUUAUCAAGUAUUCGGUUCGAUUCGAUUCGUUUACAACCCUAACGAUGUAUGAAGGAUGUCGGUGAUGGAGAGGAACAUCAUAUUUCCAACGCCGGUCAUGAAUGAGCCUUGAACAAAGCACGUCCGCCACCGUGAUCCAUGCAUGCUACACAGACAUUUUGGUGUAAUGGUAUUGUAUUUGAGGUAUCCCAGUAAACAUGAUGAACGUCAAAUGCCUCGCUCGACUCAAGAACAAGCCGGCCAAGGAUCCGAAGGGGUCGGACGCUGGCGGCCAAAAGCCCGUCGGUGCGCCUCCCAAGAAGCCCGAGGGCGAUGCUGCUGCGGCGAAGAGGAAGCCGACGGCAAAGGAGCCCCCCCAGGCCCCCAAGAAAUCAAAGAAGGGGGACGCCGCGAAGGAUGACCCCCCGGUGGUGAUUGUAGAUGACCCUCCGGAGAUGCCGAUGGCGCAGGUGCCGAGGGGUGCCCGGGAGCCAUCUCUCGAGGUCCUCACGCUCUCCCUUCCGGCUGGCACGGCCGUGUUGAAUGGCACGGCUGACCCGAGGGCGCUCCUGAGAGGUAUAACCCUCGAUAUCGACAGGGCAGCUCUCGGGGUCGAUGAUGAUCAAGCCCUCGAAGACAGGAUCCUCCGGUCUUCCCUCACGACUUGCGUUGCCCUCGGAGAGCAGUUCCGACGGCUGGAGGAAUGGCGCCUCCACAAAGCUGGGCAAGAUGCCAAGAUGAAGGAGCUAAUCCUCAGGGACUCCCAGGGCACGAAGAUGAUGGCCCAGCUUGAAGAGGACCUCCAGCUUGCGAGAGCGGAGGCCGGGAGGCUCAGGGAGGAGAAGGCAAAAGCUGAGGAGGCUGCUGUGGAGGCCGCAAGGAGAGCCGCCGAGGAGGCCGAGGCCAUCAGGGCGAAGGCUGUCGCCACAGCCCGGGAGGAGGCCAUCUCCGGGUUCCUGGAUGGGGGGUGGAAGACCGAGGGGCACAAGGCGUGGCUGUCCUCGGUUGUGGAGGCCUCAGUCGACGAGUGGUGCGAGGGCCCGGGCGAGGAAUGGAUGGCCCGAAAGGGUAAGCAAUAUUAUGAUGGGGGCGAGUUUUUCACUCAAGCCCUCAUCUACCGGAGGAUGGCCCGCCAUUUGAAGAUUGAGCCGAAGGACUUUGACCCGGCGGCAUACGGGCUCCCCCCUGCAUCCAGACAUCCGUGUUCCUCCCCCCCCCCCCCCCCCCCGAUGUCGAGAGGCCAGACCUGGAGGAUUCUGAGCUCCGGAGGGAAGCCGAGGGUGACGAACCUGAGGCCGAUGUAGAGGUCACUUCGAAGCCAUCGGGGGAGGCGGCCCCCGGGAAUGACGUUAUUUGAUGUGUAAUUUGUAUUCAGCAAUUUGAACACUCUUUGUAAUAGUCACAUUAGUAUGUUUUCGGCCUCGG